UGGGCCAUUUUUUUAUUUAUCUUUUGUUUUCUUUCUUUUAUAUUUCUUAAAUAUAAUUCUCAAAGUUCAUAUACUUGUGUAAACAACCACCAAACCGGAAGAAGAACUCCAUCUCAUCUUCUCAUCAAUCCAAAUCGCGUUCGAAGAUGGUUUGUGUGGCGUGUCUCUUACCGCUUUUCCUCGUCCCAAUCGUCAAUCUUCUGCCCCUCCUCUUCGAUUUGAUCAUGGGAAAAAUUUACCAGCUUUUCGGAUGGGAGUAUAGGAAGCCAGAAAGGGCUCCUCCGGCGUGCCCUAUUAAGCCUGUAGCUAAAAAGGACACCAAAGUGAGUGAAAAAGCUGAAUCUGGGCAACCAGGACUGUGCUCCAGAACCGGUGGGAGCGGAAGGCUUGAAGAAAGACUGAUCCUCGGACUCUUUAGCUGUUAUGUGCAUGAACCUGACAUAUGUACAAGCAUAAGGCCUUUCUUUUCUUCUCAAGAAAACAACAUCCUCGAUCAGCUGGUGUGACAGAUGUGUAAAAUAUGUCGUUUGUUUCGACUACUUCGUUAAAGUUGGAAGGUUUGAACCUUUGCCCUCUAAGAUGUAUGAAAUUAUCGUAGGGGCUAAAAUCCCGAACGUUUUGGACAGCCUUGUUUCUUGUCGUUCAAUUUGAUUAUACAAUGAGAGAUGAAGAGGUAGCACAAACCAGUCUGAAUUGGUUUUUAA